GAACGUCAGUGCCGAAGUGAUGGAGCGCAAGCAUCCACCACUCCGCCGGGUAUCCCGGGGUGUACCCGCAAAAGUCUCUUUCGAAGCGGAAUUAUCACAGGAACCGGGAACUGACAGUGGCACUAGAAAGGCGGAGCUGAACGAGGAAGACAGUUGUUACAGCUCGUGCUCUGAGGAGUCACAUCCCUCGCUUUCACGAGAAAGUUCGGAAACUGUCGGCUCAGACUUAGGGCUUGGCAGAUUGAAGUUAGAUGAGGAUACAGUAAAGCCCGACGCUCCUUUCACGGCACCACCGCAUCUGGUAGAGUUUGCUCGGAACCUCGGCUAUUCUCAAGAGCGACUAAUCGCUGUUUUGAAAAAAAUUGGAUGUGAUGCUGGACAGGACCGAAUCUUAGCAGAACUCGUCCAAAUGGGUCGCGGUUGUACUGAGCAGCCAGAAAGUGUGCACUUUGUUCCAGCACCUUCUUCAACACUGAGACCAAUCGUCAUUGAUGGUUCCAAUAUAGCUAUGACGCAUGGAAGAAAAGAAGUGUUCUCAUGUGCGGGAAUACGAGAUUGUGUGCGUUUCUUCACAGACAGGGGUCACGAAGACGUAUUAGUGUUUAUUCCGCAGUUCAGGCGCGAAACAGCAAGGGCAGAUUGCCCGAUUACGGAUCAGCAUUUGCUCGCUGAACUAGAUGCUGAGCGAAGAAUAGUGUGGACGCCAUCAAGAAGAAUAAAUGGACGUCGAAUCGUAUGUCAUGAUGAUCUCUACAUACUGAAAACUGCAGAAGAAAAAGAUGCAGUAGUGGUGUCAAAUGAUGGCUAUAGGGAUCUACUGCGAGAGCACCCACAGUAUCGACGUAUCGUCGAGCAGCGUUUGUUAAUGUACAGCUUCGUCGAUGGCAAGUUUAUGCCUCCUGAAGAUCCACUGGGCCGAUAUGGUCCUCGUCUGCAGCAUUUCCUUUCAAUGUCAUCUGCCCCCUCUACGGCCAUGCUCUGCCCAUAUGCGAGGAAGUGCACCUAUGGAAGUAAAUGCAAGUACUUUCAUCCAGAACGUCCUAAUGGGGUCCACAUGAGCGUAACGGAACGUCUGAUGCGGGAGAAGAAUCAGAAAAAGAUGCUGGGAAUGCGUAGCUCUAUGCAGCUGGAUUCUUCGACGGUGGACCAUAAAAGUGUAGGAAGGACGCGUUCGCUCAACUUCGACCCUCGGGUAACCGCUCCACCCGAUAACAACCAAGCAACGCCAAGGGACGUUUGCUACAUUACGCCAAGCGCAUGGCACAAUUCCGUAAGCCGCAUCGCAUCUGCCCCGCUCUCCUACACCAAACACGAAGCAGAAAGUGGAUCACUUUACGCACCAUCGACGGCCGUCUGGGGUCAUAGCGAGCUGAGCGUCGGACCCCUAACGACUCCAGACACCCCUCCUGAUCGCACCGAGCUACAGUAUCACCUUAGCAAGAUCUUCCCAGAAUCGCUAGUCACCUCGGUUCUGCUAGCAAAUCCUUAUGAGACCAACUCACAGGUGCUCUGCCAGCGAAUAUUGGAUCUUCAAAAGGAACAGCUGAUUUACUAACUUUCAAUUUUGCUUUGUAGAAUUGCAUAGAUAUGACAGUGAGCGAAUAGUGUUUUCUUCGUGACUUUCUUUUUCUUGGUCUAUUCAACCCGAUUUGUGUUUCUAACUGCUGUGAUAAGCCUAGAUUCAGUCCUUGCCCGACUUGAUGUUAGUUUCCAGUGCGAAGGUACUCUUCAUAUCCUUCUUGAUGUGCAAUGUGUUUUCCUUGUUUUCGGUAACGCAAAACUAGUCCUGUAGAAUCAUACUGAUUCGCCUUCAAAAUAAUAAAUGAUACGUACUCGUUUUGUUUUUGUGCUUGG